AUGAGGAGCCCGCAUGAACUUGCGGACCGGUCAAAAUACUGUCGUUUCCAUCGACAACAUGGGCACGACACUGAGCAGUGUCGUGAAUUAAAGAGACAGAUCGAGGAGCUCAUUCGCAGAGGGCAUCUCGGCCAGUACCUUCGGCCAGACAAGGAACCUUCGCCACGCCCGGAGGGUCCCAUCGAGCAACACAUCGACGUAAUAGCUGGCGGCCCUGCAUCUGGCGGAGGCUCCAUGACGGGAAGAAAGGCAUACGCCAGAGCCGCCCCGACUGAAGCUCCUAGGCACGGGCCCGAGCCCGAGAUCACUUUCCCGACCGGAGCAUCCGAACAGCCCGAGCACAAUGACGCACUCGUGAUAUCGGUCAGGAUCGCCAACGCGCAAGUAAGAAGGAUCAUGGUCGAUACCGGGAGCUCGGCCGACAUACUUUACUUCGAUGCCUUCCAGAAGCUCGGCUUGGCUAGGGAGAGUGUGAGGCCGAUGUACUCGGCGCUCACCGGAUUCACCGGAGAUUCAAUCUCGCCACUAGGGUCUAUCACUCUGCCCUUAACCUUAGGGGCCCCGCCAAGGUCGAAGACGGUAAUGACCACUUUUCUAGUGGUCGACCUCCCCGCUGCGUACAAGGCCAUCCUCGGUCGAUCGACCCUCAACAAGGUCAGAGCCGUCGUCUCAACUUACUACCAAACUAUUAAAUUCCCGACUCACGCCGGGGUCGGGGAAGUCACGGGAAGCCCCCGAGAAUCCAGGCGUUGCUACUUGACCGUCGUCUCGUUAAACAAGAGAACAAGGAUCGAACCACCGCUGGAGGAUCCUCGGGAGAUGAAGAGACCGACCCCCCAUCCCGAGCCGAGGGAAUCCACCAUCGACUUGCCACUGCUAGAAGAUCGGCCAGAUCAGACGGUCAAAAUCGAGUUGGAGCUGCCCGAGCGGGAAUGA